CCCGACUCGCCCCGCUCUCCAACUAAACACACGGUUACAAUGUCACUCCAAUUGGGACGGACUGUACCCCGUACCCCUUGGGCCCCCUCUUGCGCUUCUCGUCCCACCCGAGCGCGGCGGCGCUCCUUCUGCCUCCCCCAGCGCCGGCUCUACUCCACGCCGGCGUGCCCCCCCUCCUCCAGACCUCCCCACCGGCGCCACCCUACCCUGUCACUCCCUCCUCCGCUGAGUGCAGCAAGUGCUGAUCAGAGCCACUUCUUCACAGUGGGUGGGCGGGAGAUGGUGCUGAAGCGGGCGGCGGCCGAAUGCCCCAAGAAGGUUGCGGGGCUGAUGGAUCUGGUGAACCUGCCCACCCAGUUGCGAGAGUUCGCCGGGGGCCGGUCCCAAAUGUCCCAUAUCUCCUUCUUCCUCCGGGUCUGGUCGUACAUCAAGGACAACAAACUUCAGGAUUUGGUUGCUUGCUCGUCAGAGUUAAUUUGCGCUGACCUGGGAUAGAACUUGAAUUUGGGGAAAAACAUGAAGUUUUGGCUGAUGGGAAAACAGCAGAUUGGCAGCUCAUGCUGCCAACAUAUUAUGAGAUGAGAGUUCGGUAUAUUAUUAUUGUUAGUAGUAUUAUAUGAAGGAUUAUGUCAUUUCCAAAAUCUAGGUGUUUAAGUUUACAGGUGUGGGAAUUGAUCUGUGCGAUGUCAAAUGACGUUUUGAUAAUUCAGGACUUUUGUCCACUUUGCCACUAUAUGCACAAAAAUGCUUAAUAAUGGUCUUCUGUGUAUUGAUAGCUUAUACUUGGUUAGGAUGAGAACCGUUGACGUUUAGGAUCUUGAUAGCUUAGCAUUGAAGAUUUCAUUCCCUUCAUGCUGCUUGGUAUUCCCAUCUGUUUCCAGAUCGUCCACGUGAACUGACAAUUUAGGUGGCACCGUUAUGUUCAGCGCUUUAAUUUAAUUUGGAGCUGAUAAAGUAGUUAUGUUUCCAUGUUGAACCCCGUUUAUACCUGGUUAUACCCACAAAUAUGCCAAAAAUGGGCAUUUGUAGCACUUCAACAUGUGAUUCGGACAUUCGUAUAUCACUUCCAUGUUUCUAUCUAAUGCCCCUUAGUGGAAACCUUCAAGCAUACUGUAAAAUGUAUUGGUUCAUAGAAAUCCCUCAUAAGAGGCUCCGAACAGUGGUUUAUGUAGCUAAAUAAUUCCAUGCUUAACAUCAAUUGUUCUGCCAUACUCAUGUAUAGUCAGCCCUGGCAUUGCUAAUGUUAGGGGACAGAUCCUCGAACAAGAGGGACCCUUGGAACAUUAGCGGGUUCCACAAGUACUUAUGUUAUUUCUCAAUGACCUGCUUUACAAACCUAUGGGUAGGGGUUGUUUGUAGUUGAUGUGACCUCUCCAUUGUCUACUACUCCUGUCAUGUGGGGCCAGCCGUACGUCAGGCGCCGGCGCAACCGCGACAUCCGCCGAGCUGAGGAACGCGCCGCGCGCGCACAAGAGGAAGAGGUCCAAGCGGGAUUCGAAAUUAGUGGCUAGGAAAUAUUAGUGUUAGCUAUUUUUGGUUAGUCCUAAACUCAAGGAGAGAUUGUUAGUUUCCCUUUCAUGCAAGCCGCAGCUGAGGAACGCGCCGCGCGCGCAAGAGGAAGAGGUCCAAGCGGGAUUCGAAAUCAGUGGCUAGGAAAUAUUAGUGUUAGCUAUUUUUAGUUAGUCCUAAACUUAGUUUCCCUUUCAUGCAAUCCGGAUGGCUAUUUGUAUCCCCAAACAUUCCCGUGAGUGAAUCAAGCAAGAUCAAUCAACCAAACUCUCUCUUCCUCCCUCGAACAUUCUCAAGCCCAGAAGCCGAGAGGGGCAUAACCUCCGCUCUGGAAGACACGGCACGAGACUACGAGCUACGUAGUCGAGGGCCGGCUACCCUAGAUCACCAGGCCCUUGACAACCUGGUAUCCCGAUCCACUCGAUCCUCGGCAUCCUCAGCCGCCGCGCCAUCAUCUCCGACACCAGCAGCUACACCAAACCCAUCGCCCACCCGUUCCACAGCCUCCACCGCAAAUCCCAGUCCACCGCCAUCUCCCACUGCCCCCGCAACCAUCCCAGCCGCCAUGGCUGAACCCACCCUCGCUGAGGUCAUGGACAUGCUCAAGUCCAUGCGCAUGGAGAUGUCCACCCUCAAGUCCGACGUGGCGACCAUGAAGGACAAGUCCUCAUCGUCUUCCGGCGGCGGCGACGAUCGUCGUUCCGAAGGCCCGCGAGAUCAGGACUUCCACCCCAAGCACAAGAAGUGGGAUUUUCCCCGCUAUGACGGCACGACCGAUCCGAUGCUAUUCCUCAACAAAUGUGAGGCCUACUUCCGCCAACAUCGAACCAUGGCGGAGGAACGGGUGUGGAUCGCGUCGUACCACCUCGACGGCAUUGCACAGCUGUGGUUCACGCAGCUCCAAGACGACGACGGCACGCCGACGUGGGGGCGCUUCAAGGACCUCCUGGACCUGCGGUUCGGACCCCCCCUCCGCUCCGCCCCGAUGUUCGAGCUCGCCGAGUGCCGGCGCACCGGGACGGUGGAGGAGUACUCCAACCGUUUCCAGGCUCUCCUACCGCGCGCAGGUCGCCUCGAGGAGGCCCAACGUGUCCAACUCUACACGGGGGGACUCCUUCCGCCGAUUAGCAACGCCGUCCGCAUCCACAACCCCGGUACGUUGGCGGCGGCCAUGAGCCUCGCACGCCAGGUGGAGAUGAUGGAGGCCGAGAGGCUGCCUCCCCACCCCCCUCGGGCGCCCCCGCGCGGUACCCCUCCGGCGCCAGCACCACGACCUGCACUACCGGCGCCACCACCGAUCUUGCAGCUGCCAGCACCUCCGGUGGCCUCUCAGCCGGGUCGGGGCGAGGGAACACAGCGGCGCCUCUCUCCGGAAGAAAUGGCGGAACGCCGCCGCCAAAACCUAUGCUUCAACUGCAACGAGAGGUACAGCCGUGGUCAUAACAGGUUCUGCAAGCGCAUUUUCUUCGUCGAUGGCGUCGAGAUCGACGACAAGCCAGAAGGCGAGGCGGCGGUCACUGCCAUUUCCGGGGAGGUGGAGGCACCAACUUUCUCCCUCCAUGCGGUCGCGGGCGUGGCCAUCGGCAAGACCAUGCAGGUCCGCAUCUCGGUGGGCGCGACGUCCCUCAUCGCCCUCCUGGACACGGGAUCCACUCACAGCUUCAUCGGCGAGGAGGCCGCGCACCGGACCGGCCUGCCGAUCCAACCUCGUCCGCGCUUGACGGCCACGGUCGCCAAUGGCGAGCGCGUGUCAUGUCCAGGCGUCCUCCGCGGCGCCCCGCUGCUCAUCGGCGACUUCCACUCCACCGUCGACCUCUUUGUCAUGCCUCUUGCAGGAUACGACAUCGUCCUAGGGACGGACUGGAUGGCGACCCUAGGACAGCUGGUGUGGGACUUGGUCGCGGGCACCGUCUCGUUCCAGCACGCGGGACACGCCGUGCGCUGGUCCGCCGUGCCGGCCCCUGGCGCCCUCGGCCCCUACACCACCACGGCCAGCGACUCGCUCCUGGAGGAGCUUUUGGCGCAGUUCGACACCGUCUUCGCCGAGCCGACCGGCCUGCCUCCUCCCCGAGGACGCGAACACGCCAUCACACUCAAGCCGGGCGCGCAGCCGGUCACGGUCCAGCCGUACCGAUACCCGGCGGCCCACAAAGAUGAGCUCGAACGCCAAUGAGCCGCGAUGAUGGCGCAGGGCAUCGUCCGCCGCAGCGAC